AUGGUUAAGUAUUCAAAGUAUGAAAAAAGGUACAACGCUGAUUUAGAAAAUAGUCCUACAUUUUCAGGUUGGCUUCAACGUGCGCCAGAUGCAGUUGCAGAUAAAGGGGAAGCGUAUUGCAAGCUCUGUCGGUCUGUAUUAAGGGCCGAUAAAACAGAUCUCUUAAGACAUGCAAACAUGAUUACACAUAAAUCAAGAGCUAGCAAUUUAAUUGUUGAACAGCAACUACCUCUCGUCUCGUUUGGUUUUACAGCCAAAUCUGAUGCUGAUAAAAAAAGAGAUUCGAAACUGAGUAUGUUAAUUGCAACACAUUCAGCUUUUAGGACUAUUGAUCAUCUUGGUGAGUUACUAAGGCAAAAAGAUAUAAAUGGUUCUAAUAACAAUCCUUUGUCAUUUCUUCGACUUCAUCAAACUAAGUGUACAAAGUUAAUUACACACGUUAUAGCACCAGCGUACUUAACGGAACUGGUUGAAGAUGUUGGUCAAAAUGCUUACUCAAUUAUAUUAGACGAGUCAACUGAUAUAAGCACUCAUAAGUAUAUGGCAUUUUGUAUCCGGUAUUACAGCUUUUCUCAAUCUGAUAUGGUAACAGAUUUCUUAGGAUUCGUUGAAAUUGAUAAAUUAGAUUAA